AGAUCCCACCGUGCCUGCUUCGUUGCAAAAACCCCAGUCUCCAUUGUCGCUGCUUCUACUCGAUAACGCGCCGCCGUGAAGAGAGAAGACGGAAUCGAGAAUGGAGGAUAUUGAGGAUUUGUUAGCCGGAGGGAGCGGUGGUGCACCACCGGGUUUCAGAUUACCGUUGAAUGCGGUCGGGAUAAAUCCAAAGACGAAUAAGAGCAAACGUAGUAGCUCGAAACAGGAUGAAAUUACCGGUUCAAAUCGUGACUCGCUUGCUCCACCAUCUUUGAAGAUUCCGGGAACACAGAGUGACAGUGAGUAUAUGGCUGGUCAGCUUACUGCAUUUGGAUAUGCGUUGACAGAAGUCCCCGAGGAUGCUGAUCUGUGGCUCAUCAACACCAACGUAUCUUACAUGCGCGAUUGUUGCAGCUGCACUGUGAAAUCCCCAAGCCAGUCUGCAAUGUCUACACUGAUAACGAGGGGUAGAAGUGGGAAAAAGCCUCUUGUGAUAGCCGGAUGUGUUCCUCAGGGAAGUCGAGACCUUAAGGAACUAGAAGGCGUCAGUGUAGUUGGAGUCCAACAGAUUGAUCGUGUUGUUGAAAUCGUUGAAGAAACUCUUAAGGGUCAUGAAGUGCGGCUGCUGAAUCGGAAGACUUUGCCUGCGCUUGAUCUCCCAAAGGUGCGAAGGAACAAUUUUAUUGAAAUUCUCCCCAUUAAUGUUGGCUGUUUGGGUGCCUGUACUUACUGUAAGACCAAGCACGCCCGUGGUCACUUAGGAAGCUACACAGUCGAUAGUCUUGUGGAGCGGGUGAGAACCGUAAUAUCUCAAGGAGUUAAGGAGAUUUGGUUGAGUAGCGAGGACACUGGAGCAUAUGGUCGUGACAUAGGAGUAAAUCUUCCAAUACUGCUUAACGCUAUUGUUAAGGAGCUUCCUUCUGAUCGAAGCACAAUGCUAAGGAUUGGGAUGACUAAUCCUCCCUUUAUUCUCGAGCAUUUGAAAGAAAUCGCAGCCGUUUUACGCCACCCAUGUGUCUACACCUUUCUUCAUGUCCCUGUGCAAUCUGGAAGUGAUUCUGUGUUGACGGCCAUGAACAGGGAAUAUACAUCGGGUGAGUUCAGGACCGUGGUUGAUACCUUAACGGAACUCGUGCCGGGGAUGCAAAUUGCUACUGACAUAAUAUGUGGCUUUCCUGGUGAAACCGAUGAAGAUUUUUCAGAAACAGUUGGGCUUAUCAAGGAUUACAAGUUUGCUCAAGUCCAUAUUUCUCAGUUUUACCCCAGACCAGGGACCCCAGCAGCAAAGAUGAAGAAGGUACAAAGUAAGAUAGUGAAGCAACGAAGCCGUGAGUUGACUUGUGUCUUUGAGGCUUUUGCACCUUACACCGGUAUGGAGGGCAAAGAAGAGAGAAUAUGGAUAACCGAAAUAGCUACCGAUGGAGUCCAUUUGGUUGGGCAUACAAAAGGAUACAUACAGGUCUUAGUUACUGGACCAGAGAGUAUGCUUGGGACUUCAGCUAUAGCGAGGAUAACAUCUGUGGGGAGAUGGUCGGUGUUUGGGGAGGUGAUUGAGACAUUAAGUUCUGCAAAUGUAGAAACACAAUCCCGAGAGGAGGAGAAAAAGCCGCCUUGUUCGUCUGUUGCUGUCACUUGCGAGACUUGCGCAUGCUCUGCUGAGAGCUGUGGGGAAGAGAAAUCAGGAGAGGCCUGUAACAUUUCUGGAGAUAUCUCAAUACAGGAUCAAAGCACGAGAGGCUUGCUUGGAUGGUUUAUGAGAAGGAGGGAUUACUACAAAGCACAAGGAAAGUCGGAAAAAGAAGUGGAAGAAGAGAAGCAAAAACUCGUGUCGCAUUCACAUUGGGGUUUCAUUGACAAGGCACUUGUGUGUGGAGUGUUCAUAAGCUCUCUUACCAUUCUUGUUUUGUUUAUUAGCAUCGCAUCUAGAGCUUUGCUGCGUCAAUGAAUCUCUCUCUGUCAAGUUGUUAUACAAGAACCGAUAAUUUAGGUUUGACUUUUUUUUUUGUUUUGUUUUUGCUUUGACAUGACUCGGAAAGAAUGAUCUUUACUCAUUUCAAUUUUAAGGAGCUUCAACAAUGUUUGAUUCGUUUCUUCCCA